AUGGACGCCUGGCUUAACAAAUCCGGGGCCGUAGGCUUGGGCGACCUCGAUCUCGCUGACUUCCCAGAGACAGGGCGGGGUGUCAAGGCCCAACGGCCAUUCAAGGAAGAUGAAAGGAUUCUUACCAUUCCAGCCAACUGCUUAUGGACUGUCAAGGGCGCAUACGCCGAUCCGCUUUUCGGUCCGGUCCUUCAAUCUGUUCAGCCGCCUCUAUCUGUCGAGGACACAUUAGCUUUGUAUAUCCUCUUCGUCCGGUCUCGCGGGGAGGACCCUGCGUACGCGGAGCGCCAGACCCAUGUCGCUAUGCUGCCUAGCGAGUAUACCCUGAGCAUGUAUUUCACCGACGAGGAGCUGAGAGUCUGUGCUGGCUCCUCACUCUACACUCUCACUACGCAUCUCAGAGGGAGGGUCGGCGACGACUAUAAAAAAUUACUCACAGGUGUAUUCAUGCGUCACCGUGACCUCUUUCCCUUGGACAAGUUUUCCUUUCAGCACUACAAAUGGGCACUCAGCUCAAUAUGGAGUCGUGGUAUGGACUUUACCAUUUCUGAAGGCAACUCUGUUCGCCUCAUGGCCCCGUUUGCAGACAUGCUUAAUCAUGCUUCUGAUGCGAAACAAUGCCACGCCUACGAUCCGUCGACCGGAAGUCUCACCGUCCUUGCUUGCAGAGACUAUGAAGUUGGAGACCAGGUAUUUAUUUACUACGGCAACGUUUCCAAUAGUCGUUUGCUACGGCUUUACGGCUUUGUUCUGCCUGAUAAUCCCAACGAUAAUUAUGAGCUUGUCCUGCAAACAAGUUCUAUGGCGCCGCUGUAUGAGCAGAAGCAGAGACUGUGGAAGCUUGCUGGCUUGGACGAAAUCUCGACUAUUCCGCUGAGUCUUCAAAACCCUCUACCAGACAGCGUUCUUCGAUACCUCCGGAUUCAGCGGCUGGAUGCGUCUGAUUUGGGUACUAUGACUAUGCAGAUCGCGACAGAGUCAUACACAAAAAUCAGUGACGAGAACGAAUCGCAAAUCCUGCUUUUCCUGAGUCAAUCGAUUGAAGCACUGCUCGAGGGGUUCGAGAUCUCUCUAGAAAAACUCGAGACGCAACUGGCGGAAGGCCUGUAUGCUCCGGGGAGCAACGCCUGGGCGGCUGCCCAGGUUAGCUUGGGCGAGCAGCGGGUGCUGAAGGCAGCUAAAGCAAAGGCCGAUGCCCUUCUGGCGUCCAUUACGGACUAG